AUGUUCAGAUCAAUCAUUAUCAAGUCAAUCAACCCAUUGACCGCCAUCAGCGGAUCCACUGGCGGACGCGUUACCGCCAUCAGAACCAUCUUCAACAACCCAGAGAUCAUGGGCUUUGAUGAAUCCCAGAUGCAGCUCCAGGAGACCGUGCGCCAAUUCGCCCAAAACGAGCUGGCCCCAAUCGCCGCCGAUGUCGACAGGAACAACGCCUUCCCAAUGCACAUGUGGAAGAAGAUGGGCGACCUCGGUCUGCUUGGCAUCACUGCGCCCGCCGAGUACGGUGGUCUGGACAUGGGCUACACAGCACACUGCAUUGCCAUGGAGGAGCUGAGCAGAGCGUCUGCCUCUGUUGCCUUGAGCUACGGAGCCCACAGCAACCUGUGCGUCAACCAGAUCACCAGAAACGGAAACGAGCAACAGAAGCAGAAGUAUCUGCCCAAGCUCAUCUCUGGUGACUUUGUCGGUGCCCUUGCAAUGUCUGAGCCAAAUGCAGGUUCCGAUGUUGUCUCCAUGAAGACCAACGCCAAGAGAACAGACGGCGGAUGGGUUUUGAAUGGCACCAAGAUGUGGAUCACCAAUGGCCCAGACGCUGAUGUUUUGGUUGUCUACGCCAAGACAGACGUCAACGCAGGAUCCAAGGGUAUCACCGCCUUCUUGAUCGAGAAGGGCAUGAAGGGAUUCACCACUGGACAGAAGCUUGACAAGCUUGGAAUGAGAGGCUCCAACACAUGUGAGCUCAUCUUUGAGGAUUGCUUCGUCCCAGAUGCCAAUGUUCUCAACCAAGUCGGCAAGGGUGUCAAGGUCCUCAUGAGUGGCCUCGACUACGAGCGUCUGGUCCUCUCUGCUGGUCCAUUGGGUAUCAUGCAAUCAUGCAUGGAUCAGGUCAUUCCAUACAUUCACCAGCGUGAGCAGUUUGGAAAGAAGAUUGGAGAGUUCCAGCUGAUGCAAGGAAAGGUCGCAGAUAUGUACACAUUGAUGAAUGCCAGUCGUUCUUACGUGUACAGUGUGGCCAAGUCAGCAGACAAGGGCCUCACCUCGCGUAAGGACUGCGCCGCCGUCAUCUUGUACACCGCCGAGAAUGCAACUCAAUGCGCUCUGCAGGCCAUCCAGACUCUGGGAGGCAAUGGCUACAUCAACGAGUUCCCAACCGGUCGUCUGUUGCGUGACGCCAAGUUGUACGAGAUUGGCGCCGGCACCAGCGAGAUCAGAAGAAUGCUCAUCGGACGUGAGCUCUUCAGCGAGACAGACUAA